UCAUUUUAAAGAGUCAUUUAAAAGAACCGACGUUUUGGCGAAUCUCCCAUCCAUUACCAGGCACUGGGGGAGGAGAAUGACAGAAAAGUGGGGGGUUUUGUCAGGAAGAUUUUGGGACACUAAAGAAGCAACAGAACACAAAAACAACCUCUAAACUUGUCCAAACAUCUCUCAGGCAUUGACAGAAGUGUUACGGCCAUUUUGUCCUACUUAUUAUAUCUCCAUUGCUGGUUUUUGUUGGACACCAUGUGCUCGAGUGUAUCGGGUGCUCUGUUGCUGACGAGCUUCUACGUGUGUUUGUCGGCAGUACGUUCGUGUUUGAUAAUCAGCGAAGUGAACUGCGAUAAUCCCAGCCUUGACACAGAAGAAUUUGUAGAGUUGUUCUCGCUAAGCGGUGGCUCCACCUCUCUGAACGGCUACACCCUCGUUUUCUAUAACGGCAACGGCAAUGUGGCGUAUCGCAUCGUGGACUUGAGCGGGCACAGCACCGACGAACGAGGAUUCUUCCUCAUUGGCUCGGCUAAGCUUCAGCCAUCUCCAGCUAUCCAGCUUCCACCAAACUCGGUCCAGAACGGCCCUGAUGCCAUCGCCUUGUACGGCCCAUCCUGGGCUCCUGUAACUGAGAACGGGAACGUCUCUGCUAUCGGGCUGCUGGAUGCCAUAGUUUACACAUCUCGCCGAGUAACAGGCACCGCCGAUGUGUUGUCACGUGUCCUCACACCAGGUUCUUUUCCAUAUGUUGAGGAUGAUCAGUUUAUAGAGGGAGACGAGUCCAUCCAGAGGUGUUGGCUUUCGGAUAAUUACUACAGCUUUCAAAAUGCAGCACCCACCCCUGGACGGCCCAAUAUCUGUCCGCCGUCGAACCCCGGGCACCUGUGGAUCAACAGGAUCCAGUUAAGUGGUGGAGCACUGACAGGACCUGUAGAGAUCAGUGUUGGGACAGAGAGAGGGGACAUGGCGGUGGUGGUGUACAACGUGCAGACAGACACAGUGAAGACCAGUGUCGGAUUUUACGCCGGUGAACCUGGGAAUGUUUUUGUAAAUUUUAACACAACCACUUUUUCAGAUUUAGACGGUUGGGCGUUGGCGGUGUACCAGGGGAAGGUUGAAGAUUUCCAAAAAGGCAGCCUGCUCAAUCAACUGCAACCACUCGAUGCCUUCGUCUGCAGCGGACUUACUAACGCACCGAGUGCCAUUCUCACAGAGACUCUCAUACCAGGCAGGAAAGCCUUCAAGCUCGACAGCAGGUUUUCAGAAGUUGAUGCUUGCGUCACCCGGUGUGGUGCAGCUCACUGGGCGAGAGAUCCCGGAGUAUUUCAACAUCAGGUCCAGAGACCGAGCGAGUCCAUCCAGUGCAAGUGGUAUAACACUUGCCCUUACAGCACUGCUGUCAACAUGACCGACGAACCUCUCGAUCCCUGGUCAGACAACGAUGGCGACUUCCUGAUCAGCGAGGUGAACGCGGACACGCCAGGUUCUGCGGAAGAUGAGGAGUUUGUGGAACUCUGGCAUCCGUCCGGCCGCCGGACUUCACUCACUGGCAUCUGGGUCCUGCUGAUCAACGGCAACAAUGGAAAAAUAUACCGUGAAAUUGAACUCCACGGACACUACACAGACAAUCACGGCUACUUCUUGAUUGGCAGUGAAAAGCUCAAACCGCAGAUCGCUCUACCACCAAAUACUAUCCAAAACGGGCCAGAUGCCAUAGCGAUAUACCGUUCGACAUCCCCCCCCUCCAUCGAGAACACCAUCGUUCCCAGGAAUGGGCUCCUAGAUGGCUUGGUGUACCGAUCGCGUAGUUCAGACCGAGACUGGGCAGAUCUCAUCAAAGCUCUGACUCCAGGACAACUCCCCCUGCUGGAAGACACCACGUCACUUGACGGAGACGAGAGCCUCAGCAGAUGCGGUCUAAACCGCGUCGACCUGAACUCUUUCAGGGUCUCGUCUCCCACGCCAAUGAAAGAGAACGAUUGCCCCCGCCCCCCUAAAGACCUGGUCAUUAACGAGGUGGGCGGAGUCUUAGGAGUCGACGUCUUUGUGGAACUUACUGGCCCGUCGUUGGCUCCUUUACAUGGCACGGUCAUAGUGCUUUACGAGCUCUACGCUACGACGAGACACGUCAUUCCGCUAGAAGGAGCGCUAGGAAACGAUGGAUUCUUCCUCCUGGCCAACUAUUCCAGUGCUGAUCAGAGUUUGCCUGCCCUGGCGUCUCUCGGUGCAGUCUGGUUGUGUUACGGCUUGCCAAGCGUGUGUAGCAGCGAAUCGAAGGUUCAGGACGUGUUCUUGCUCUCUAACAAAUCAAGCCUGCGUCCUUUUCUCCACACAGUUACCCAUCAGGUUGUGCACCCAGUAGCCAGUUACGAUUCCGUCUCGCGCUGUGCGAUGAACCUAUCUGCUGCCUGGACCGCCUCCUACCCAACGCCCCGCCUCCCAAACCUCUGCCCAAACUCCACCCACUCUGUCCACAUGGACCUGUGCCUGCAAGAGUCAGAUUCUCACAUCACAUGUACAGCGGAGGGGUUUGCAGAGCUCCUGGAGCGUUCCUGUCAGUGUGGAAUCUCUGGUGCUCACCUUGCAGGUGUGAAUUUAACCUGCAUAUCUGAGCGCCUGUACGCAGAAGGUCCUGUAUUUGCACUGUCCAGUCACCAGAGGGAGCUUGUGGCACAGGCACUACAGAAAACACACACACACUCCUGCAGCAUAAUCCAGGAACGGCUUUACAACAAAGAGUCCUCGCUGGGGCUGCAGGUGGGACUGGUGUUAACAGUGGUGCUGCUGUGUGCUCUAGGAGGAGCCAUCUUCUUCUAUCUGUACAAGAAAAAACGGCCUCAAGACUACUAUUCAAUGGAGCUGAAUGAACAUGACUCACCCAUGGAUCUCUAGUGCGUGUGUGUGCGUGUAUGUGUGUGUGUGUGUGCGUGAGCGUGCGUGCGUGAGCGUGCGUGCGUGAGCGUGCGUGCGUGAGCGUGCGUGCGUGAGCGUGCGUGAGUGUGUGUGCGUGAGUGUGUGUGCGUGAGUGUGUGUGCGUGAGUGUGUGUGUGUGCGUGAGUGUGUGUGCGUGAGUGUGUGUGCGUGAGUGUGUGUGCGUGAGUGUGUGUGCGUGAGUGUGAGUGCGUGCGUGAGUGUGCGUGCGUGCGUGAGUGUGCGUGCGUGCGUGCGUGAGUGUGCGUGCGUGCGUGAGUGUGCGUGCGUGCGUGAGUGUGCGUGCGUGCGUGAGUGUGCGUGCGUGCGUGAGUGUGCGUGAGUGUGCGUGCGUGCGUGCGUGAGUGUGCGUGCGUGCGUGCGUGAGUGUGCGUGCGUGCGUGAGUGUGCGUGCGUGCGUGCGUGAAUGUGCGUGCGUGAGUGUGUGCGUGCGUGAGUGUGUGCGUGCGUGAGUGUGUGCGUGCGUGAGUGUGUGCGUGCGUGAGUGUGUGCGUGCGUGAGUGUGUGCGUGCGUGCGUGAGUGUGUGCGUGCGUGAGUGUGUGCGUGCGUGAGUGUGUGCGUGCGUGUGUGAGUGUGUGCGUGCGUGUGUGAGUGUGUGCGUGCGUGAGUGAGUGCGUGAGUGUGCGUGAGUGCGCGCGUGUGUGCGUGCGUGAGUGUGCGUGUGUGCGUGCGUGAGUGUGUGCGUGAGUGUGUGCGUGCGUGCGUGAGUGUGUGUGUGCGUGCGUGUGUGUGUGUGAGCACAUUUUAAAGGAAGUUUAUUUUUAUGAUGUCAUUAAACUGAGUGUUUUAUUUUUUACACAAAGGUACUCUGUGUUUUAUUAAAAAAAUUUUACAUAGCAACUUGUUUUUUUUUUUACUGUUUGUUUAAAUGUUUUUUUAUAGACCUCGAAUAUUCCUGCAGUUCCGUUUGUGUUGUUACGGAUUUUUGCGUGUAAGCUUUUACAGUAAAAAAGUUUCCUUUUAAAUAUUAGCCCCAUGCAUUCAGGUGUCCAUGUAAUGUUCUGUGGAUUUUACACAAUGUCGAACGUAUCGUCCGUAUGAUUGGUUACUUUAACAUCUGUUAUCGAUUAUUUUCCUGUUACUGCUUAUCGUUUUUUUGGAAAACCACUACAGUAUUGUGUUUUGAAUAAACAGGGUCCCUGAUAAACACA